AUGGCAUCGGACAGCGACUACGCCAUUCCUCCUGACGCAUAUUCAAUUGACAGUGAAUUCUCAGAACCAGAACAGAAGCUUCCAAAAACCUGUUCCUCAUCAAGUGACAAUGAGCUCUUGGAAAAAUCUGGAUAUUUGUUAAAAAUGGGAGGCAAGCUUAAAACCUGGAAGCGAAGAUGGUUUGUACUUAAAGGUGGAGAGCUGCUCUACUACAAAUCUCCAAGUGAUGUAAUCCGCAAGCCUCAGGGUCAGAUUGAAUUAAACUCCUCCAGUCACAUAGUGCGAGGUGAUGGGAAGCAGACGGUGCAGCUGGUGACAGAGAAACGAACGUAUUACCUGACGGCAGAUUCUCCUAAUAUCUUGGAUGAGUGGGUACGAGUGUUGCAAAAUGUUCUCCGGGUCCAAACAGCCAGUGUGCUCUUCACGCAGCCAGAUGUCAAGCCCACUGUGAAGGGGCUCCUCACAAAGGUCAAACAUGGAUACUCUAAGAGAGUUUGGUGUACAUUGGUUGGAAAAACAUUAUAUUAUUUUCGCAGUCAAGAAGAAAAGUUUCCGCUGGGCCAAAUCAAGCUCUGGGAAGCUAAAAUAGAAGAAGUAGAUCGAACCUGUGAUUCUGAUGAGGACUAUGAAACCAGCAGACGCAGCCUCCUGUCUUCCCAUUACACCAUUGUUAUCCAUCCCAAAGAGCAGGACCCCACAUACCUUCUUAUCGGAUCCAAACAUGAGAAGGAUACCUGGCACUAUCACUUAACCAUGGCAGCUGGAGUGAUGGGAGCGAGUGUGGGCACAGAGUUUGAGCAGUUGGUGUGCAAACUGCUAAGUCUGGAUGGUGACUCCUGUACCCAGGUUUGGAGACAUCCAGCAUUAUGUCACAGCAAAGAAGCCAUAACAUCACCUCUUACUACAUUACCGUCAGAAGCACUGCAGACAGAGGCUAUCAAAUUAUUUAAGACUUGCCAGCUGUUUUUGAACUCAGCGAUUGACUCCCCCGCUAUAGACUAUCACGUGUCCCUGGCUCAGAGCGCCCUACAAGUGUGCCUCACCCACCCGGAGCUCCAGAAUGAGAUCUACUGCCAGCUCAUUAAACAGACCCGACACAGACAGCCACAGAACCAACCAAGUCCUAUCCAGGGUUGGCAGCUGCUGGCACUGUGUGUUGGGCUCUUCCUUCCGCAGCAUCCAUACAUCUGGCUCCUAAAACUUUUUCUGAAGAAGAAUGCUGAUAUCAGGACAGAGGCUGGAAAAUACGCAAUUUACUGUCAGCGUUGUGUAGAAAGAACACAACAAAAUGGAGACCGUGAAGCCAAACCUUCCAGGAUGGAAAUUCUGUCCAUUCUGCUCCGAAACCCGUAUCACCACUCCUUACCCUUCAGUAUUCCUGUGCACUUCAUGAACGGCACUUACCAGGUUGUGGGAUUUGACGCAUCAACAACAGUUGAAGAGUUUCUUUGCACACUUAACCAAGACCUUGGAAUGAGGAAGCCCUCCCAGUCCGGGUUCACCUUGUUCUCGGAUGAUCCCUCUGGGAAGGAUUAUGAAUAUUGCUUACAAGGAAAUAUUAAGAUCUGUGACAUCAUUUCAAAGUGGGAGCAGGCAUCUAAGGAGCAGCUCCCUGGGAAAUGUGACGGGACUCGGACCGUGAGACUCACCUACAAGAACAGGCUGAGUUUUUCGGCGCAGGUGCGAGGGGAGACAGAGAGAGAAAAGCUGCUUUUAAUGUACCAGACGAACGAUAAAAUCAUUAAUGGUCUCUUUCCAGUCAAUAAGGAGCUGGCGCUGGAAUUGGCUGCUCUACUCGCCCAGGUAGAAAGUGGGGAUUAUGAACGACCCUUUCAGGCCACAGCAGGUCAAGUGAAAUCCAGCCAAGCAGUAAAACAAGCACUGGAAAAGUUUUAUCCCAAGAGGUAUAGAGAGGACUGCACGGAGGAGCAGUUGAGACAGCUUCAGCAGAGACUGGGGUCAAGAUGGAUGGCACUUCGCGGCCACAGUGCUUCAGACUGUGUGCGGAUAUACCUUACAGUUGCCAGAAAGUGGACUUUCUUUGGUGCCACCCUUUUCCCAGCAAAAGUAAGAAAUGUGCUAUACUGCAAUGUAAGCCAUCGACUCUUAUGCAUUAUAUUAAUUAUUUCAGGUACUUAUAUAGCGCCAUCAAUUUACACAGCGCUUUACAUAUAUAUUAUACAUUCACAUCAGUCCCUAACCCUCAAGGGGCAUACAAUCUAA